UCCUUCCUUCAAUUUUCCCUCCUUCCAUACCCUCACUGCUUGUCUCUUACUUGAUCCUAGUCCUUUUCCUUCGUCUCAACGUUUAAACCGAUCUCAAUCCAUUGACCUUCAUUUACAAUGCCGACUGUUGGAGAAUUGAAGCAAGAAGCUCAGCUCGGAGCUCUUGAAUCCGCCCUCCAUGCUGCUGUGAGAGACUACAAAGCAGAACUCACUGCCGACGAGCAGAAGGCGAAAGCCAAAGAGAAGGCUUUCAACGAGCAAGAAGUUGAUCUGCUUGAUGACGAUGACCUCGAUAGUUUGCACAUGCAACGCCUCCAAGAGCUAAAGCUGGAAGCUCAACGUCGCGAUGAACAAAAACGCCUCGGGCACGGGCAAUACCGUCUCGUUGCCGAACCUGAAUUCCUCAAGGAAGUAACCGGCAGUGAGAACGUGGUUUGUCAUUUCUUUUGUGAUGACUUCAUUCGAUGCAAGAUUGUUGACAAGCACCUUGGUGCGAUUGCGCGGAAAUACGUUGAGGCAAAGUUCAUCCGAGUCAGCGCUCCAGAUGCUCCAUUCUUUGUACAGAAGCUCAAGAUCAAAGUGCUGCCAUGCAUCGUCAUGUUCAAGGGGGGCAUCGCUAUCGAUCGAGUCGUUGGGUUUGAAGAGCUUGGGGGUGUGGAUGACUUUGAACAAAUUAAGCUGGAAAAACGCCUUGCAAGCAAAGCAAUGAUUCAAUACAAAAAUGAUGAUAGCUCUGACGACGAAGAGGAUGAAGUGAAACAAAAGUCCAAGAUAAGAGGAGGAGCAUUGUACAGUGGUUCUAAGUACUCCAAGAAGUAUUCUGGAGAUGAUAGUGAUGAGGAAUGGUAGUUCCAAUAUGCAAGGAUUGUCAUUCUGAGAUUGACAUAGCUUUACACCAUAGCCGCAGCUUCAGCCAGUUUUGAACUGUGGCGGGUACUGACGUGUAAUUGAGCGCUUCAAGGCUCCGAUUGCGCGGUUGCUUGUUCUAGUCUUUUAAUUGAAUUGUUGCGAAAGCUGAGAUCUC